UCUAACCCUCUGUCCUCCCAUCCAUCCCUCUGUCUUUCCAUCCCUCCCUCCAUCCCACCCAUCCCUCCAUCUGCCCACCCCGCUCCCAGCCCGGUUCCAGCCCCUUCUCGCUGCUCAGCCCGCUCCCCCGCUCCCCCGCUCCCCACAGCCGUUCCUGUCCCCUUCCUAAUGCCGGUGGCCGGUCCCAUCCCG